AUGGACGACACCGGCCUGGAUGUCGUCGGACGGCUGAGCAGAGUGGCUUGGCUCGAUCGUUCUCGAUCGUUCAUAUGCAAAGGCCGGGGAAAAACAAAGCCGGCGUUGAUGUAUGGAUACAUUCAACAUUUGAGCACUUCUUUCCAGAUCCAGCAGCCCCCAACUGUCUCCGGUCACCCCCCAAACAAAAAGUCUUGCCCUCCAACCACGAUUUUCAAGCAAACACAAAAAACAAACAAUCAACAUGCCAAAAAAGCUGAAUACGGCUACCACCCGCGAAGACCACCUUUUAUUCCGGCGCCGCGCUCUCGGUCAGCUCCUCCGCAACAUUGCGGGAACGGCUUUGUUCAGAACCUCAAAGGGGAUCCCACACCGCUGUGCACCAACUACGAGGAUAAGAGGUUUAAGUGUGGCGCUGAAAGCUGUCACAUAUAUGAUGCUCAAGGAAAGCAGCAGCCAUACUCUACUUUGACCUUUCAUCACUGUCAGCGGAUUGGAGACAACGGGGAGGUCAAGGCAUCCGACCAAACGAUCCAGCCCACCAGGUUUGAGGCCGACAACAAAGCCAAAACAUUAAGUGCCACGGGCACCGAGACCGGCGUGCAGGGCGAAGGUUACUACAAAUGCUCCUGGAACAAUGACAAGGACCCCAACGCUAACAGGCCUUGGUGUCACAGGUGUAAUGCUAUAUUGUAUACCUAA